CAUUAAUCACCUCUCAGCCGGCAGUCACCACCACCAUGGCAACCGAUGGUCAAUCCUGCCUUAAGCCCUCAUGGUUCCAGGAACAUGUUGAAAGCAUCAACUCGGACGCUCAGCGCGUACUGGAGAGCUACAGUGGACUGAAGCCCGACGAGGUCAUCCCUCAUGUCUUGUCCGUGCGCAAUGAAGCCUUUGAGGUCUACCAAUACGCCUGUAUCGGCCAGAUGCGCUUCCUCUCCUUCAACCUGCGCCAUCUGCCUUUCUACUCGAAAGCGCUGGAGCAGCUGCGCACAGACCCGACCGCGGGGUUCUUAGAUGCAGGAUGCUGCUUCGCCCAGGAACUCCGCUUCCUUGCUGAUCAGGGAAUUCCCAGCACACAGCUGUACGGCUGUGAUCUGGAGAAGAUCUUCAUCGACCUGGGGUACCAGCUCUUCCGCGACCAGGAUCGGUUCCAAGCCACUUUUGCGGUCGGCGAUCUAGCCACGGCGGACUCCAAGGAAUACGAGAACGGGCAGAUCGCUCAGCGAUUGCAGGGGAAGAUCUCAGUGGUCUUUGCCAGUUCUCUUUUUCACAUGUGGAACUACGCUACUCAGCUGCGGGUCGCCACGCGGCUGGUGCGUCUUUGUCGCGAGAAGAAGGGCUCGAUGAUUGCCGGUCGGCAGAUGGGCAGUGUCCUGGCGGGCGAGCAUGCGAUGACGGGCAUGACCAAGGACCCGACCGCGACGCAUUAUCGUCAUAAUGUCGAGUCGAUCAAGGGGUUCUGGUAUGAUGUGGGUCUCGCCACGAAGACUCGCUGGACGGUCGAGGCAGGGCUGUACAUGGCCGAGGAGAUCGAGCAGAACCGGAACGCCCCGUUUGCGGAUGACAACCUGCGGAUGCUGUGGUGGUGUGCCACGCGGGUUGAAUAGUGGUGUUU